GUCACGCUCAGGUCCUCACGCUCGCUUUUCUGCGGCCACAAAAUUGCCAUCAUGUCCGCUAUACCACGUACUCUUCGAGUCGUUCCAAAGGCUUCUCUAAAGCCGGGAAGCAAAGUUCUCCCUCCACCGCUCACAAGCCAGAAUGAGCGCGCAUUCAAAGAGCCACUGCUCCGGAUUAUGGCUCGCAGGCAGCAAGAAGCGGGUGAUUUAUGGCCACCAAAUUUGCGCAUAGAGCCACAUGUCACGAAAUCAGCUAUUGGACGAGCCCCGGAGGAGAUGCGGGCUCAACUGAAGAGAUUGUUGAAGGAACGGUAAACGCUUGACGUACUUAGCAUACCUUGUGUCAUAUUGCGUCGUACCCACCUUCCCAGUGCCUGUAUUUAUGAACAGCAUUUUAAUAGUGCCCUAUGGUUUUACCGUGCGGCUGCAUUCUGCACUACAAAUUUAUUGCAAAGAUAGGAAACGUUUUAAAAGAGAUUCAGUGUCAUACUAACACACGUCCUGGAGAUCACCAGCACGGAAGGCAUCAGUAUCGAGACAAGGUUGUAUCCCGCAGAGUCCAGUCACGCAUUGUUCAAUGAUACA